UACUGCAAGUUUUUCUAAGUACAGAUUUGUUCAAACCUUGAAAGAUUUUUUUAUUUCUAGAUAUAUCCCGUGAAUGUGCGUGUCUAUUCACCGUGUGUGUAUGUUUGUCUGUAUACCCAGUGCCCACGCUUAUGUAUGUUUGUCCGUAAACCCACGGGUGUGUGUGCGGGUACAGGUAAAAGUAUGGGGGUCCAAUGACUGUAAGAAAGCCGGUAUAUAACGGGAUAUUAUAAUCUUGUAAGGAAGGUGUAGAGUGGAGACUUCGAGCUACGAUAUUCAGUCUGUCCAAGUACACAUCUCAUCAUACACUGCGCUACUCUGACACGGAGAAACCAGUGUUAAAGUCAGCACCCUGAGAAACCAUUAUUUUAAUAUGUUAAUUAGUGAGGUGUAGAGUUUAUGAUAAAACGCGAAACAAUUGACAUUAAAUAAAUCCGCGAAAUAAAAGAAGUUGUCUUAAAAAUGAAUUUCCUGUUUCAGUUUCUUCUCACGAUUGCAGUUCUUGGAACAGUUGCUGGGAGAAGGUGGCGCGAAGGACCUACAGUAGAUCCGGGUGUUUUCGUUAUCACACAUAUCAAAUCUUGUCGGAAUGGUGCUGGAUACUGUAUACUGGGUAUAGACUGUAGUGUAGAUACAGACUUCAUUAAUGAUGAUUCCGGCGGUGAUUGUAAUAGUCUCGGAACUGCAUUCAGCCCCCAGGCCAAGUUUGUUUGCUGCAAGGAAAAUCCUGAAAACUUUGAAAAUUCUCCUCAAGAUGUUCUCGAAGCUGUAAUUCUAGAACAGAAUACAGUUCCAACUAUAGCAGCGACGACAUCAACAGAAUCAUCAACAACAUCAACAGCAUCAACAACAUCAAUAGUUACAGAAGUAGUUACAGAGAUAGAGACACAAACAGAAACUGUUACCAGGAUAGAAGAAAACACAGAAAUAAUCACUGAGAUAGUUACAGAGGAAGUAGAGGAUGAAGAUAGCUCGGAGGAAUCCCAGAAUUCAGACGCAGUUUUGGAAAGUUCCACGGAUAUAUUAGGGCCGAAUGCUGUUAAAUGGGAAAGCUGGGGGGAGGGGGUCCAAGGAAAUGGGACUGUUUUUGAGGUUGAACUUGGAGCAUCUGUUAUUGGUUCCAGUGCAGUCAAGGGUGAGUCUGAAGUAUUGAAACCUGGAAUAGUUUUGGAUUCUCCUUCACCUCCAGCUUCACCUCCAGCUCUCAUAAACUCUGUUGUUUCUGCCGGAGUCAGCUUCCAAAACCACUUGGAGACUUUAGGAACCGCGGAACAGGUUGAUUUAAACUAUGAUUACUUGGACUACAACAAAGAACAAGAAACACAGGAGACUGAAGAGAACUUGGAGAACCUGGAGAGCAACUUCUUUCCCGGCGUGGUCGAAGUUGUUGUGGAUGAGAUCGGAGCUGAAAGUUCAGGGAUCCAGGACGGAUCCCAGCAGAGCUCCGGGUUCCAGGACGUAUCCCAGAAGAGCUCCGGGUUCCAGGACGGAUCCCAGCAGAGCUCUGGGUUCCAGGACGGAUUGUAUGGUACAAACUUCGGUGUACCCAUUGUACUAGAGGAUGUGGUAGGAAAUACAGGAUUCGAGGAUCAAAGUUUUGAGAAUUCCUGGAUUGAGGAUGAAAGGUUUGAGAAUACAGGGUUGGGAGAGGAUGAAACUACUGGACCUACCGCAGUUGAGGAUUCAGAGAUAUUCUAUAAAAAUUUUGCAAUCAGCGAUGCAAUCGGGAACCCAGAGUUUUAUUCCGGUGUCUCCGAGUAUACUGAACCCCUGUAUGUUGGACAGGACCUGGAGCAGGAUGAGUAUGGGAACUAUGAUUAUGUUGAAAGGACGGAUAUAAAGCCUACUAGACCUACUGGAGAACCUAAACUCAGGUGUACUGCUGAGAUAUUGUCUGGUAUAGUGUGUAAGAUCUCUGGUCUUGAUGAUGAGAAUUAUCCUUCAACAGUUCAGCUGAGAGAUAAAGAAAGGCCCGAGAGUGAGGAUGUAAGAGAGCUGAGUUACAGACCGAAGAAAAGAUCAGACGAUGAACCAGAAAAACCGGUUUUCUAUCAUCAUAGGCCAGCUAGCCUAGAGAACAUAGAACAUAAACUUGUAUCUCACAGCAACAAAAUAGAAAACCCAGAAAAUAAAACACCAUCUAAUACUGAACCUGAAUCUAAGUCUGAAUCUGAAACAGAUUUUGAACCAGAAUCUGAACCGGAGUCUGGAACUGAACUGAAAUUUGAACCUGAAUCUGAACUAACUAACAUUGAAUCUCAAAAACCUGAACCUGAACCUGAACCAGAACCAGAAUCUAAAUCUGAAUCUGAACCCAAAUCUAAAAAUGAUUCUGAUUCAGCAAAAGUGAAGCCAAAUAAAUCCUCAAAUGAUGCAUUGAAAAACCAAAAAGAAGAAUCUGAGUUAGUUAAAGAAAAAGAAGAAGCAGUGGAAAUAACUUUGAAUUUAUCCAAAGAAAUGAUGAAACCAGCUCAGGCUCCAGAAAUGAAUAAAGAUCCAAAAGAUAAACCAAUAAAAGAAGUAAAAGAAGAACCUCUAGAAACUCCUGAAGACACCUCAGCAGAAACCCCGGUCAAAGAUUCAGCAGAAAUCCCGGUCAAAGAUUUAGCAGAAACCCCGGUCAAAGAUUCAGCAGAAACCCCAGUCAAAGAUUUAGCAGAAACCACAAUCAAAGAUUCAACAGAACCUCCAGUCAAAAAAUCAGCAAAGACCCCGGUCAAAAAUACAGAGGAAACACCAAAAGAAGGAGAAACAGUGUCCACUACAUUUGCUUCAUGUGGAGUGAAAGGAGGGAAAUCAAUUGAAGCACUGUGGGGAAAAGCUACAAGCAAGGUAUUGCCUGACCUGGUGUACAGCUGGGUGUACGGUAAAACGAGCAGAACAAGUGAACGGGCAAGGAUUCAGGAUACACAGGCCAGAAUCAAGGGUGGGAAGGUUACCAGUACAAUGCUGUACUGUUGGAUGGCUGCUGUACUGGAUAGUACAGGAACAUUUAUGUGUACUGGUACGCUACUCACCCCGUACCUAAUCCUUACCUCAGCAUCAUGUGUUCAUCAGAUGUUCAAGAUCGGAUUGAAGAAUGUUCAAGUGGUUUUAGGAGAUUCCAACCUAGAACUUGAUCUACCCUUCGGAGUCCAGACCCAUCAGGUCGAAAAGGGAUUAGCCCAUGAAAACUAUGAUAUAAAUGACUAUCAUCACUACCAUGAUAUAGGUUUAGUAACGUUGUUAACUCCUGCUAAGCUUGAUGAAGCAGUUUGCCUACUCUGCCUUCCUGACAAGAAUAUGAAAUACGAAAAUAUCACAUCCUGUGCAGUUACUGGGUACGGUAAUCCAAGGUUUUCUGAUGAAGAUGAUGAAUUAUCCAAGAUUGAGCACUAUUGGACUGAUACUAGAACUAAAGGUGUACUCAGAGAAGCAAAUAUCAAAAUAACUGAAAACCAGGUUUGUGAAUCUUACAUGUCAGAGAAACUAGAAAACCAGGAGAACCAGGAGAACCAGGAGAACCAGGAAAACCAGGAGAACCAGGAGAACCAGGAGAAACUAGCGAACCUAGAGAACCUUGCUCUCAAGAAUGAAACAAGAUCAUUUCCCUUUACCACCAAGAAUAUUCUGUGUGGUGUAGGGGCUGAACAAGAUCAAGCAUGUUAUGCACUGAUGGAUGGAGGCUCCCCACUAAGCUGUGAGAUGAAUGGAAUCCAUCAUCUAGCCGGUGUUGUCGUCUUCAAUUCAGGGUGUAGUCAGGGAUCACAUGAUACAGGUAUACAAGGAAUCGAUACAGAGAUUGUUCCAAGUGUAUUCUUGAAGAUACAGGACUAUCUAGAUUGGAUACAGGAGGGAUACAGUUCACUUAAACCUGGGCUAACUAUCUAGAGAAACAUGAACAACGGAUCUGAACACUCUCCACAAACUCUAAUUUUAACUUUCUACCCUAUAUCUUUGCAACCUAAUGUCGUCUACCUUUGAUAUUUCAAAC